GGGACAACGGAGAAGCAAGUCAAUUGAUAGCCCUCCAAUCCUCCAAUCCCGCUUUUCCAUUUCGCUUCGUAGUAGGCCUGAAUGAAAGAAAAAAAAAAGAAAAAAAAGGAAGAAGAAAAAAAAGUCAAUCCAUUUCUUUGCUUGGAUAUUACCACCGUUUCCUUCCCACACUUUCUUUACCUUGGUCCUUGAUCUCCCUUCCCUUUCGUUUUCCUCGGGACCUCCGUUCCCAUCAUACAACGGAAGCCAUGGCUUCGUCAACACGAGCCAUGAGUUCGCUGCGUGCAGCUCAAAACAUCAUCGCUCCCAGGGUGAUCACUCGCGCUUCGAUCGCGACUUCGACAUUGGCCCGUCGAGCUUUCACCACCACGAGGCCAACCACGUCCCUGCAAGCGAGACCUAAUGCUUCCUCCAUCGUCAGAUCCGCCACCCUCUCGCGCCAGUUCCAACGCGCCUAUGCCGAUGCUGCUUCCCAGAAGCGGAAGCCGGGCAAGAUUCUCACUACCUUUAAAUGGCUUUGGAGGUUGACCUAUCUCUCGGCCCUGGGUGCCAUUGGCGCCGUGAUCUAUGCUGUCUAUGAGGAUCGGAACCCUCAGCCUCAGGUCCAGCCGGAUCCUACCAAGAAGACUUUGGUCGUCCUCGGCACUGGCUGGGGAUCUGUCUCUCUUCUGAAGAAGCUCGAUACCGAAAACUACAAUGUCGUCGUCAUCUCGCCCCGAAACUACUUCCUCUUCACGCCGCUCCUCCCAUCCUGUACCACCGGCCUUAUCGAGCACCGCUCCAUCAUGGAGCCUGUCCGCUCCAUCUUCCAGCACCGCAAGGCCGCCGUCAAGUUCUACGAAGCCGAAGCCUCCUCCGUUGACCCUGACCGGAAGGUCGUCAUAAUCACGGACAACUCGGAGAUCCAAGGUGAUACUUCUCAGACCGAGAUCCCCUACGACAUGCUCGUUGUCGGCGUUGGCGCUGAGAACGCUACAUUCGGCAUUCCCGGCGUUCGUGAGAACUCGUGCUUCCUCAAGGAGAUCGGCGACGCCCAGUUGAUCCGCAAGAAGAUCAUGGACUGCGUCGAAACCGCCGCCUUCAAGGGCCAGACCGAGGAGGAGAUCAAGCGCUUGCUGCAUAUGGUCGUCGUCGGUGGUGGCCCCACCGGUGUCGAAUUUGCUGGCGAACUCCAGGACUUCUUCGAGCAGGACAUCAAGCGUCUCGUCCCCGAGAUUGCCGACCGCUGCAAGGUCACCCUGAUCGAGGCCCUGCCCAACGUCUUGCCCUCAUUCUCCCGCCAGCUUAUCGAGUACACCGAGAACACCUUCAAGGAAGAGAAGAUCGACGUCCUGACCAAGACCAUGGUCAAGAACGUGAGCGACAAGACCGUAGAGGCCGUUGCCACCCGCCCUGACGGCACCAAGGAGACCAUCACCAUCCCCUACGGCCUCCUCGUCUGGGCCACCGGCAACGCCGUCCGACCCAUCGUCAAGGACCUCAUCUCCAAGAUCGCCGCCCAGAAGGACUCCCGCCGCGGCCUCGCCGUCAACGAGUACCUCGUCGUCCAGGGUACCCGCGACAUCUGGGCCGUCGGCGACUGUGCCGUCGCCGGCUACGCCCCGACCGCCCAGGUCGCGGCUCAGGAGGGCAACUUCCUCGCCCGCCUCUUCAACAACAUGGCGAAGACCGAGGCCCUGGAGGCCCGCAUCCACGAGCUCAGCUCCAGCCUCAACCUCAAGCCCGGCACCAACUCGGCCGACGCCGCCCGCGAGAUCGAGGAGUGCGAGCGCAAGCUCCGCCGCAUCAAGGACAUCAAGCCCUUCCACUACACCCACCAGGGCAGCCUGGCCUACAUUGGCAGCGAGAAGGCCGUUGCCGACGUCAGCUGGUGGAAUGGUAACAUUGCCAGCCACGGCAGCAUGACCUACCUCUUCUGGCGCAGCGCCUAUCUAUCCAUGUGCUUCAGCACACGGAAUCGCCUGCUCGUCAGUAUCGACUGGUUAAAGUCAAAGAUGUUUGGUCGCGACAUCUCGCGGGAAUAACCGACCUAUAGUGCGCCUCGCCCUAAAGAUACCAUGACCGCACUUUUUCUUCUUCUUUUUUUUUUUCUUUCUUCCCUUCCGUUGUAUUCUGACGAAGGCGUCUUCGACCACUUCUACAUCAUCACCUCAUACCUUGGUGUCCUGUCUUUUGUUUUUUGUCGGUGUUACAAUAGUUAAAUCGCCCCGUGUCGGGGUUGGGGUGGGUUAGCCGGUGACUGUUAGGGAAUAUAGAAUAUGUCGUAAUGCUACCAAAUCAACCGCAU